AGUCUUUUCCUCUGGAUUUAACUCUCCCACAAUCACUUCCCACAUAAAGGAGAAACUCAAGCUUCAUCUAUACACUCAUCAAUAUAUAUUAUACUAUAUAGAGAGAGAAAGAGAGGGAGAGGAGAGAGAGAUGGCUGCAACAUCAGCUGCAGUGCUAAAUGGAUUGGGCUCUCCCUUCUUGUCUGGUGGGAAGAAGCUUCAGGCAUUGUUAUCUGCACCAAUUGGAGCCAGAGGAGGAGUUGUUCCUGCUCCUAGGAGGUUGGUUGUGGUAGCUGCUGCUGCUGCUAAGAAGUCUUGGAUCCCUGGUGUUAAAGCUGGUGGCAACCUCGUCGACCCCGAUUGGCUAGACGGCUCGCUUCCAGGUGACUAUGGGUUCGACCCACUAGGUUUGGGCAAGGACCCUGCGUUCUUGAAGUGGUACAGGGAAGCUGAACUGAUCCACGGCCGAUGGGCAAUGGCUGCCGUUGUUGGCAUCUUUGUCGGCCAAGCCUGGAGUGGUAUUCCAUGGUUUGAAGCCGGUGCAGAUCCAGGUGCCAUUGCACCCUUCUCCUUUGGCACCCUCCUUGGCACCCAACUCCUCCUCAUGGGAUGGGUUGAGAGCAAAAGAUGGGUUGAUUUCUUCAAUCCUGAAUCCCAGUCCGUCGAGUGGGCAACACCGUGGUCUAAAACCGCUGAGAACUUUGCCAACGCUACCGGCGAACAAGGCUACCCUGGUGGCAAAUUCUUUGACCCAUUGAGCCUUGCCGGCACAAUCCAGAACGGUGUGUACAUCCCGGACACUGAGAAGCUUGAAAGACUGAAGCUGGCCGAGAUUAAACAUGCAAGACUUGCUAUGGUGGCCAUGCUAAUUUUCUACUUCGAGGCUGGGCAAGGGAAGACACCACUCGGAGCUCUUGGUUUGUGAAAUGGUCUGGUUCAAGUGUGAAUGUAAAAAAUAACUGCAUUAGAGAUAAUAAACUCAAGAAGCUGAAUUUACCUUCGCAAGCUCCGAGUUCCCCCCUUAAAAUUCAAUUUUUUUUUGCUUCCAUUCUCCUUGUAAUAUUAUGAAUUCUACUAGCUAAUAGUGACCCAUUUUCUAAUCAA